AUAGUGGUUUUCAUCUUCAUGCUGUGUGGAUCCGUGUUCCUGAUGUUUAACGUGACCGUGGGUCUGGAUCAGGAGCUGGCGAUGCCUCAGGGCUCCUACAUGUUGGACUAUUUCCACUAUCUCUACAAAUACUUUGAAGUGGGGGUCCCCGUUUAUUUUGUAACAAAGAGAGGCUUCAACUUCACCACCGUGGACGGCAUGAACGCCGUGUGCUCCAGCACGGGCUGCGAUCAGUUCUCAAUGACCCAGAAGAUCCAGUACGCCACCAACUACCCUGAACUGUGAGUUUGUUCACUUUCAUA